AUGUGCGCACAGGUUCAGCAGAUGCCACACAUCCAGACUCCUGCUCAGAUUCACCCCCAGAUCCAGACUCAAACCCAAGCACAAUUCCAGGCCCAGCUGCAGUCCCCGACCCAGGUCCAGUUCCACCAGGUCCAGGUCCAGCUUCAGCAGCAAAACCAAGUUCAAACUCACUCGUCCCUGCAGCCCCAGCUCCACAUUCAGUCACACGUCCAGACGCAGCCCCAGUUUACAGUGCAGGCCCCACAACCGGCCGGGUCACGCAACAGCUUCAGGUCCAAGCCCCAACCCAAGUCCAGGCGAAACUCCAAGUCCAGUUCCAACCUCAAAGUCAGUCUCAAGUCCAAACACAGCCUCAGAUCCAGGUCCAGUCCCCCAUCAGGCAUCAACUCAUCACUGUUCCAGGUCUCCAACAGCCAGUCCAGCUGCUGUCCGCCUCUACCGCCGCAUGUUGCAGCUCAGAUCCAGGCCCAGAUCCAGGCGCAGGCCCAGCAGCAGGGAGGCGCUGUUCCCCAGCAAAUCAAGCUGCAGCUCCCCAUCCAGAUCCAGCAGAAAACCGGCCCAAUUCAGGCCCACCAACUCCAGAACAUGGUGACCAUUCAGGCGUCAGCAGGAGUUCAGGAGCAGCUUCCAAGGAUUCAGCCACAGCAGCAAGUCCAGCAUGUGCCAAAGAAGAAGAAACACAACGAGGCUAAAAGGGAACAGGAGCAGAACACGCAGGUGUUAAGUCCUAAAGACGGCUCGCAGAAGCAGGUGUUAGUGAAGCAAAAUUCUGCAGUAGAACAGCUGAAGCAAAGGAAGACCCAGGCUGCUGCAGAACGAGAGGAGAACCAGAGAAUGAUCGUGUGCAACCAGGUAAUGAAGUUCAUCCUCGACAAGAUAGAAAAGGAUGAGAAGCAGGCCGCUAAGAAAAGGAAAAAAGAAGAGGUGGUGGAGCAGAAACGCUCCAAGCAGAACGCCACCAAGCUGACCGCGCUGCUGUACAAACACAAAGAGCAGCUGAAGGCUGAAAUCCUGAAGAAGAGGGCGCUGCUGGACAAGGAGCUGCAGCUUCAAGUGCAGGAGGAGCUGAGGAGGGACUUGGCGAGGCUACAGCGAGAAAAGGAGAAGGCCCGGGCUGCCAUUACCCAGGCCGCCGCAGCAACGGUGAAGGCGGCUGCCGCCGCCCAGUCCUCCCACCUCGUUCAGCCGCCACAGCUCCCCCACGCCACGGCGCCUCCGUCCUCCACCCACAAGCGCAAGAGAGACGACGAGAGAGACAGAGAAAAAAAGAAGAAGAAGAAACUGUCUUCUACCUCAAAAGAUCACAAGAAGGACACCAAACUGUACUGUAUCUGCAAAACGCCCUACGACGAGUCCAAGUUUUACAUCGGUUGCGACCUGUGCUCCAACUGGUUCCACGGGCGCUGUGUGGGCAUCCUGCAGAGCGAAGCCAAUCACAUCGACCUGUACGUCUGUCCACAGUGUCAGUCCACAGAAGACGCCAUGACAGUUUUAUCGCCCCUCACAGACAAGGACUACGAGGGCUUAAAAAGAAUAUUGCGUUCAUUGCAGUCACACAAAAUGGCGUGGCCUUUCCUAGAACCGGUGGAUCCCCACGACGCCCCAGAUUAUUAUCGGGUCAUCAAGGAACCAAUGGAUUUCUCCACGAUGGAAACCCAUCUGCAAAAAGCGAUUACCAGAAAGCUCACGGAGUUCGUGGCAGACGUGACCAAAAUCUUUGACAACUGUCGCUACUACAAUCCCAACGACACCCCCUUCUUUCAGUGUGCGGAGGUGCUGGAGGCCUUCUUUGUGCAGAAGCUGAAAGGGUUCAAGGCGAGCAGGUCUCAUAACAACAAGCUUCAGUCUUCUUCAGCCUCUUAGAAAGCGUUGCACAUUGAGCAAACUAAAUGCACUUGCCUAAAAAAAAA